GCGCGCGCUCUAUCACCGCGCGGACCAGUAGAGGGUGUCAGUCUAGGCGCUCUCCCUGAGUUCACAGACCUUCCUGUUUAGCGAAGCAAUUCUAAAGCCGAAACAGAUCUUUUACCCAGUAUUAUCCCUGACAUCGCUUUGUUGUUCUUAUUUCGCCAGUUUUGGAAAUCACGCACAAAGGAGCGACUUGGGGAAAAAAACGCGCGUUGGCGCUGCCUGCUCUCUGCCGAACAAAGAAAGUCCUUUCUGAGGAUAGAGAUCCCCACCAGUGCUUAGUUAUGAGUCAUGUGGUCGCCGAAAAUGCGCACGGUCUAGACCAGCAGCUUGCUGCCCUAGACUUGAACUCCGCAGCUGAUAUACAGGGUGGCGGAGGCACUGGCAGACGAUACAUUCCACCUCAUCUGCGGAACAAAGAGGCUUCAAAAAAUGCAGGAAAUGAAUAUGCUUCUCGUAGGCAGAGUGGUUAUUCAGUGGCACCAGUAAUGGGCUUUUCUCCUAAACAGCCCCCUCAGACUUGGCAUCCAGAGUACAGCCGUAGGCUCAGGAAUGACUGUAUGACGGAAUGGGAUGACUUUAGGCUCGGUCACCAGAGAUAUCCCUCCCAGGAAAUCUUUUAUCAGCCCUACAGUGGCAGCUGGCCAGCCAGAUGUGCUUCUCCUGCCCAUACUGAUGGGGAUGACGACACAGCCAGUGUGGUGAGCUGGGCGGACCGUUGUGACUCUCCUGGAUGGGAUGGUGGACGCAACGGCUUUGUGAAUGGAUACCACGAUGGCAGGGAUAGUCGCAUGAAUGGCGAUCGCAGCGGUUUUGGGGGACGCGGGCCAUCUCGCACAGACAGAGGUGGGCGUGGUGGAUACCGUGGCAACCGGGGCAGUGGAUCAUUUAACCAGUCCCAACCAACGCAAAAUGCAGGAUUUGCCUUUGACAAAGAUGGCGGAUGGAAUAGUUCCAAAGACAGAGAUGCAUACACUAGCUUUGGAGGGCGCAAUGACAGAGGGAAGUCUUCAUUCUUCAGUGAUAGAGGUGCCGGGACACGAGGAAGAUUUGAACGUGGAGGCUUUGGGGGCAGCAACAGCCGGUGGGUGGAGGACUCGAGAGACGAGGAGGACUGGUCCAAACCAACUUCUCCAAAUGAGCGCUUGGAACAUGAGCUCUUCUCUGGAAGCAAUACGGGGAUUAACUUUGAGAAGUAUGACGACAUUCCUGUAGAAGCCACAGGCACCAAUUGCCCACCCCAUAUUGAAAGUUUCCAUGAUGUUGACAUGGGAGAGAUUAUCAUGGGCAACAUAGCUCUGAGCCGUUACACGAAGCCCACUCCUGUCCAGAAGCAUGCUAUUCCCAUCAUCAAGACUAAGAGGGACCUUAUGGCCUGUGCUCAGACCGGCUCUGGGAAAACGGCAGCGUUUCUGCUUCCCGUGCUGAGUCAGAUUUACACUGAGGGUCCCGGAGAGGCACUACAGGCCAUGAAAGCUAGCAAUCAGGAAAAUGGGAAGUAUGGGCGUCGCAAGCAGUUCCCAAUCUCUCUGGUUCUGGCCCCAACUAGAGAGCUCGCUCUGCAGAUCUAUGAUGAGGCCCGAAAGUUUGCCUACAGGUCCAGAGUGCGCCCCUGUGUUGUGUAUGGAGGAGCAGACAUCGGCCAGCAGAUCCGUGACCUCGAGAGGGGCUGCCAUCUUUUGGUGGCCACACCUGGACGUCUGGUAGACAUGAUGGAGAGAGGAAAAAUAGGCCUAGAUUACUGCAACUACCUGGUUCUGGAUGAGGCAGACAGAAUGCUUGACAUGGGCUUCGAGCCUCAGAUCCGCCGCAUCGUCGAGCAGGAUACCAUGCCGCCUAAGGGUCUCAGGCAUACCAUGAUGUUCAGCGCCACCUUCCCCAAGGAAAUUCAGAUUCUUGCUCGUGACUUCCUGGAGGAGUACAUUUUCCUGGCUGUCGGCCGUGUGGGAUCAACUUCUGAGAAUAUCACCCAGAAAGUGGUCUGGGUGGAAGAGAGCGACAAGAGAUCUUUUCUGCUGGAUCUGCUGAAUGCCACUGGUAAAGACUCCCUCACCCUGGUGUUUGUGGAAACGAAGAAGGGAGCAGACGCCCUGGAGGACUUCCUGUACCGCGAGGGCUAUGCCUGUACCAGUAUCCAUGGCGACCGCUCUCAGAGGGAUAGGGAAGAGGCACUCCAUCAGUUCCGUUCUGGAAGAUGCCCCAUCUUGGUUGCUACAGCGGUUGCUGCACGUGGACUAGAUAUCUCCAAUGUAAAGCACGUCAUCAACUUUGAUUUGCCCAGCGAUAUUGAGGAAUAUGUCCACCGCAUUGGUCGUACUGGACGUGUUGGAAAUCUUGGUUUGGCUACAUCUUUCUUCAAUGACAAGAACAGCAACAUCACAAAGGAUCUUCUAGACCUCCUGGUUGAAGCUAAACAGGAGGUUCCUUCAUGGCUGGAGAGCCUGGCUUAUGAGCAUCAGCAUAAAAGUAGCAGCCGUGGACGUUCCAAGAGGUUUUCUGGAGGUUUCGGUGCCCGUGAUUAUCGUCAGAGCAGCAGCAGCGGCACCAGCUUUGGCACCCGCGGGAAUCGCAACACCGGGGGUCACGGGGGGAGCCGAGGAUUUGGUGGUGGUAAGGGUUUUGGAAACUUCUACAGCAAUGAUGGAUAUGGAGGAAAUUAUUCCCAAGUUGACUGGUGGGGAAACUAACGCCACAGACGAUGGAGAUGGCCAUGCCAAAUUAGCUGAAUGGAAACCACAUGUAACUUUGCCAGACUUUACCCUGUGUAGCUUCAAGAACUCGCAGUACAUUACCAUCUGUGAUUCUCUGACAUUCUGGAAGCGAGCGUCAGACUGAAGAUAGCCUUCGGGAGAGAGAGAACAUGGCUUCUAAUAACUCCUAACAGAUUCCUGGACUCUAGUUAUCCACUGCACUUCACUUUUUUAUUUUAUUUGUUAAACUGAGGAUCAUUUGUUAAUGUACUGUACCUUUAAAAUCAGACAGUUUUAUUUUUUAAAUGUCAUUAAAUGGCUAAACUUGACCAGGAGAUCAAUUAAGGCAUAAAUCUUGUACUGAAUCAAACCUUGGCAAACACUGGAAUGAUUUGACUGAAAAGUCAUUCUUCCAUUUUGAACCUCAAAUUGUCACAAGGAACAUCUAAAGCUGCCUACUGACUAUAACAAGCAGUUUGUGGAACCAUCACGGAUGUAUUCGGUUUAAGGCAUCGAUUCCUUGUGUAGCAACUUAAGGGAUGAAGAGUUCUAGUUUCUUUGCUCACUCUAUCCUGGAUAGGUACCUAUAAGGAUAUGGUUGUCUUGAAAAAGCCAUUCCCAUGGCACUCCUAAUCGACAAGUAAUUUGAGCACUGUUGUUUAACACUGUUUGAUACUAUGCUGAAACUAAUUCUUUAUGUCCUGCAAUUGACUUGACAGUGUUAAGGCAGCUAGUAAUCUACCGUCAGCUAGCUGUGAGGGGGGGGCAGUGUUUUUAUUGUUUUUCUUUUUUUGUCCUUUACUUGAAUCACUAAAGGGGCAACUGAAAAAAAAUGUUUUUGAUACAUUUUUUUAAACUUAGAUGAAUUUGAAAACCUGCCAUGCCGGAAGAUGGAAUGGCUUGUAUGAGGACCACAGUACGGAUGUGGCCUUGUAGAGUGUUCCGGCCAAUUCGGUAUCAAACGCAUGCUAGUGUUGUUUUUUGGUCAAGGAGUUAAAACAAAUGAAUUGUGCAGGCUUUAACUUUAUAAACAAUUUUUUUCUUUCCCAAGCUGCGUUAAUUUCUGAAGGACAUCCUUGGCUUUUGUUUUUUAUUUUUUUCCUUUUUUGUGAAUGGCUACCAUUGCCAGAUUGCUGAGGUCUGUAAUGUAUGCAGAACUGCACACAGGAAGUUGGCAGGGACAGUGCAGUCUGGGUCACCUCCAUUUUACUUGCAUAGGUUUCCAUUACAUACUGGCUGUGUAUUCCACUAAAUCUGGCCAAAGACUGGUUUUGUUUUAUUUUUUCCCUUCUUGUACAUUAAUGCAGUUUGCUCUCUGGGGGGUAGAUCUGCCUUUACAUGCAUCUAAAUCAUUGGCCAGGUUGCCAGCAGUGGCUUGUUUUAACACGGUGGAGGAAGAGGUGAGAAAAUGGCAUUCAACGUAAGUGCAAUAGAUUUUUCUCAAAGUGUGUCGUGCCUUGAAAUUUUUAAACAUGAACUAAAGCAGAUGCACUGACAGUGAUGAGGUAACUUAGGAUGAAUGGUGCUAUUUAAGUUGAGUCUUGUAUGUUGUGCCCAUCAAGUUGUACAGAGUUGUUUUAUUGCACUUUUUAUGUCUGGAGUGCGUGUCCUUAAGCUUCCAAAUGUGUGGAUGGUGUGAAACGCAGCUUGUUUACAAAAGGGGAAGGGUUCUUGAUAUUUAACCAGGAUUUAUUUGGGACCAGGGGGAUUAGCAGUUGGGGAAUUUAGCUAUUUGCACAGAUUUCUAGAUUCUACUUUUGCUGCUAGGUUUGUGUAAUUUAUGAAGCAUUUCUUGAGAAAUAUUUAUUUUUAUAAGCCUAAAAGUGAUUCUUUGAAAGUUUCAAGAAACUUGACCAAAAGACAGUACAAAAACACUGGCACUUGAAUGUUGAAUGCCACCCGUAUGCGUGAGAUUUAUAUUUCGGGGUAGUGUGAGCGUUUAAUUGUUAAUCGUAUUGGACUCAACCAAAUUCCACACUUCUUACUUGGUCUUGUGGCCAAAUUACUAGAAUAUUUAAUUGGCUACCAAAACUGAAAAAGGAUCAAACAUGCCAAGGUUUGGAUAUGUGAUCAAAAUAGCAAUGCAUUUUCUAAAUGUAUCCUGUGCAAAGUGUCCAGAUCCAAUUCUGUUGCUUUUUUCUUUUUCAGCAAAUGUCUGGCACAUGGUAAUCUUAACAUGUGGUUAUUCUGUUGUAAUUGCAUAUUUGGUGUCUGGUGUUUGACCUCUGUAGCAUCUGGCAUGUGCUGGCUACAGCAAUAAGCCCUGGAGCAGGAGAGUGGUACCACGACAGAAAUGGGAAAGGGUUGGCAGGUGCCGAGUGCUGCAAAGGGAACACCAUGAACCUUUAGGGUUUAGUAUUUGCUUUAUGUACUAGUUUAGAUGCUAUGCACUGCACGAGAAAACUCAGCUGUGCGUUUAUUGUAUGAUUUUACCAAAAUAAAGCAUUGGGGGGAAAGACUAAGGUGCA